GUCAGUAGAGAUGUUAACUGGUGAGAAGUUGUGGUAAAUUAUGGCAAAGGAUAAACACCAUUCAGCAAGUGCGUGUCUUUGACUCGGUUUGAGAGUAAAUAAUAUUUACCUACCUUAAAUUUAUUUGUAACAUACAUACAUUUUUUUAUCCUUGAUAUUGUAGUUACCUUACCAUUCUGUAUUACUAACUAGCGCCGUGUUAUACAAGGCCUAAUUCAAGCGUGAAUUCAAUCGUGUGUUAAACUAGUAACUUAACAGUGUACGUCGACAUUUCCUGAUAUAAGUAAUCAUCAUAGGCCUAAAUACGUCGGCUUUUUCUGGGCUUAAGCCUAAAUAAUUGAAACGGAGAAUGUGCGCUUGUCGACUACAAGAAAUGCAGCAAACAUCUAACUACAAUAAUCUCAACGGCAACUUAGAAGACUAUUUGAGAAAUUCAGAAAGUAGGAGUACGAAAUUCAACGGCGAAAAUCAUGAUGUGCACUCGCAGCUAACGCAAAAAGAAAAUGAUAUAAUUCUUGCUGCUCAGUUAGGGAAAGCUUUAUUGGAAAACAAUGAUGAACUUAGUAGGGAGAACGAGCGCUUAACGGAAGAAUAUUCCUUUAUUUUGGAAGAAUUAGAACAAGAGAAAUAUUCGCUCAGAAGGAAGCUUGAUGCUUUGGAAGGAGAAUACGACACCCGAGUUGCCGACCUCCAGACGGAAUUGAACGAACUCCGAAAGGAAUUAGACGAACAUAAGAAGUUUAUCAAAUCUACUGAAAUGGAGAAGUACCAAAUCGUUCAGGAAUUACAAGACGAGAACCAGCGGCUGACCGAGGUUUUAAACCAGAUCGACAUGUUAAUGGAGGAAAAAAGUGAAUUGGAACGUCGAAUCCAAGAAUUGGUCAAAGAACAGGAAAGGCUUAAUCUUUCUCUAGAAGAUUCGAGCAACCAAAUAUUGAUAUUAGAAAAUAAUAAAAAAGAACAAGAGGAACAAUGUGACUGGAGCAAGCAGUUUACACAUUCCUCCAUGGGUUUCCAUGACGACAUGGAUGAAGAUGAUGAGUUAUCCCCUUGCACAGGUCUUACACUUCCAGCAUCAGAGGAAAACUGGAAGUUUCGGCAAGAACUGGUUGAUAUUUACCAUCAGCUUCGGAGAGUUUGCGAGGACCUUAAGAGACGAAAGGCAACUUUGUCAAAAGACAAUGGUAAUCCCCCUUCCCCUGAUGACAUCCAAGUUCACGAGAUGAGGAUUGGUACAAUCACUGGAGUUUUGCAGGAACUGAAGCUUCUAUUGCAAGAUCUGUUUGUCAACCACACAAAAUCUAUAUCUGUUCAAGAAGCUGAGUUAACUGCUUUGAAAGAGGAACGAGACUGUCUUCGAGAUGAUAUGGGAAACACGGGAAUGGGAAAAGAUGAAGUAGUGAAGAAAGCUUGUGACGUAAGAGACAAGGCAGUAUCGAGAAAGAAUGCUGUCGAAAUUGAGCUGGCCAAAACACGGAUAGAUGCAAUGCACAUAAGCAGCCAACUAAUGGAAGCUAUCAAGCAAAAAGUGGAAUUAUCCCAACAGGUGGAGCAGUGGCAGGAUGACAUGCAGUCCUUACUUGAUGGCCAGCUUAAAGCCAAGUUGCAUUACUAUGAGCAAGUUGAAAAAUCACAGACACUGUCAACAGUUCCACAGAAGAAGCGAGAUAAAUUAUUCAAACUGUGGACGUGACCUGGAACCCCAUGCUGUAUGCACAUCAAGCUCCAAGUGUGUAUCUUCAACUUACCUGAAAAUGUACAUAACAUUUUCUUUCGCACAGAGUCUUAAAUCCAAGAAAUAAAAAUGCAAACACAACUUCAAGUUGUUUAUAGGUGUUGGUUUUGAAAUGUU